CAGAGGCUUAAGGAGCUACUGGGUGCAGAGUGGGAGCAAGCAGGCCAAGGCCUGGCUGGGGCUUGGGGGAGGACACAUGGAGCGGUCCCAGUCCCAGCGGCAUGGGGGUGAACAGAGCUGGUGGGGCAGUGCCCCCCAGUACCAGUACAUGCCCUUUGAACACUGUACCAGCUAUGGACUGCCUUCAGAGAACGGGGGCCUUCAACACCGACCCCGAAAGGAUGUGGGUCCCAGGCACAAUGCCCACCCAACACAGAUAUAUGGCCAUCACAAAGAAAAAUAUUCACAUAACGAACAAGACAGGGGGAUGCCCAAGAAGAUGGGCUCCAGUUCUACUGUGAACAACUUGGAUGAGGACCACUAUUCUAAAUGUCAAGAUUGUGUCCACCGCCUGGGACGCGUGGUCAGAAGGAAGUUGGGGGAAGACUGGAUCUUUCUUGUGCUCCUGGGCCUGCUCAUGGCUCUAGUCAGCUGGUGCAUGGACUAUGUUAGUGCCAAGAGCCUUCAGGCCUACAAGUGGACCUAUGCCCAGAUGCAGCCCAGCCUUCCUCUGCAGUACCUGGCCUGGGUCACCUUCCCCCUUAUCCUCAUCCUCUUCAGUGCCCUCUUUUGCCAACUCAUCUCUCCCCAGGCUGUGGGUUCUGGAAUUCCUGAGAUGAAGACAAUUCUUCGUGGUGUUGUCUUGAAGGAAUACCUCACACUCAAGGCCUUUGUAGCCAAGGUGGUGGCCUUAACGGCUGGGCUAGGCAGUGGCAUCCCUGUGGGGAAAGAGGGUCCCUUCGUCCACAUUGCCAGCAUCUGUGCUGCUGUCCUGAGCAAGUUUAUGUCCAUGUUCUGUGGUGUCUAUGAGCAGCCAUACUAUUACACUGACAUCCUGACAGUGGGCUGUGCCGUGGGGGUCGGCUGCUGUUUUGGAACACCACUUGGAGGAGUGCUGUUCAGCAUCGAGGUCACCUCUACCUACUUUGCCGUUCGGAAUUACUGGCGAGGAUUCUUUGCAGCCACAUUCAGUGCCUUUGUGUUCCGUGUCUUGGCGGUGUGGAACAAGGAUGCUGUCACCAUUACCGCUCUGUUCAGAACUAAUUUCCGAAUGGAUUUCCCUUUUGACCUGAAGGAACUUCCAGCUUUUGCUGUCAUUGGGAUCUGCUGCGGGUUCUUGGGAGCUGUUUUCGUUUAUCUACAUCGCCAAGUCAUGCUUGGUGUCCGAAAGCACAAGGCUCUCAGCCAGUUUCUUGCUAAGCACCGCCUGCUAUAUCCUGGAAUUGUUACCUUUGUCAUCGCCUCGCUCACCUUUCCACCAGGAAUGGGUCAAUUCAUGGCUGGAGAGCUGAUGCCCCGUGAAGCCAUCAGUACCUUGUUUGACAACAAUACAUGGGUAAAACACAUAGGUGACCCCCAAAGCCUGGGCCAGUCAGCGGUGUGGAUUCACCCCCAGGUCAACGUGGUCAUCAUCAUCCUUCUCUUCUUCAUCAUGAAGUUUUGGAUGUCCAUUGUGGCCACCACUAUGCCCAUACCCUGCGGAGGCUUCAUGCCUGUUUUUGUGCUAGGAGCUGCAUUUGGAAGGCUGGUAGGAGAGAUCAUGGCCAUGUUGUUCCCUGAGGGUAUCUUAUUUGAUGACUUCCUCUACAAGAUCUUACCUGGGGGCUAUGCAGUAAUUGGAGCAGCAGCUCUGACUGGGGCUGUCUCCCACACAGUCUCCACAGCUGUGAUCUGCUUCGAAUUGACUGGUCAGAUUGCUCACAUCCUGCCCAUGAUGGUGGCUGUUAUCUUGGCCAACAUGGUGGCUCAGAGUCUGCAACCCUCCCUCUAUGACAGCAUCAUCCAGGUCAAGAAGCUUCCCUAUUUGCCAGACCUUGGAUGGAACCAGCUCAGCAAAUUUACAAUCUUUGUUGAAGACAUCAUGGUACGUGAUGUGAAGUUUGUUUCAGCUUCUUGCACAUAUGGAGAUCUGAGAAACCUACUCCAGACCACCACAGUCAAGACUUUACCAUUGGUUGAUUCCAAAGAGUCAAUGAUCCUGCUGGGCUCAGUUGAACGCUCAGAACUGCAGUCCCUCCUCCAGCGCCACCUGUGUGCAGAGCGAAGGUUGAGGGCUGCCCAGGAUAUGGCGCGCAAGUUAUCAGAACUGCCCUAUGAUGGCAAGGCACGGCUGGCUGGGGAGUGGCACCCUGGUGGUCGACCAGAGUCCUUCGCCUUUGUGGAUGAGGAUGAUGAUGAGGACAUCUCCAGGAAGUCAGAGCUUCCACCGUCUCCCCCUCCUCCACCUCCUCUUUUUCUUACUGCUCCAUCAUACCCUGAAGAAUCUAAUGGACCACUGCCCAACCACAAACAGCCACCUGAAGCUCCAGAGCCUGCAGGUCAAAGGUCAUCCAUCUUCCGGCGCCUGCUGCACUGCUUACUGGGCAGAGCUCACUCCACAAAGAAGAAAAUAGCCCAGGAUUCAACGGAUUUAGUGGAUAACAUGUCACCAGAAGAGAUUGAGGCCUGGGAGCGGGAACAGCUGAGCCAGCCUGUGUGCUUUGACUGCUGUUGUAUCGACCAGUCUCCCUUCCAGCUUGUGGAACAGACAACACUGCACAAGACUCAUACACUCUUCUCACUUCUUGGCCUCCAUCUUGCCUAUGUGACCAGCAUGGGGAAGCUCAGAGGUGUCUUGGCACUAGAAGAGCUACAGAAAGCUAUUGAGGGCCACACCAAAUCUGGGGUGCAGCUCCGCCCUCCUCUUGCCAGCUUCCGGAAUACAACUUCAACUCGGAAGAGUCCUGGGGGGCCACCCCCUCCUGCAGAGGGCUGGGGUUUGCCUGAGGGUGAAAAUGAGGCUCCUGGAACAGAAGUCAUAGUUCCUACCAUGCCAGAGACUCCUGUCCCACCUCCAUCUCCAGAGGUCCCUCACUGCAUGGCCCCAACCAAAGUGGAGGGUGAGCUGGAUGAACUGGAGAUGGUGGGAAGCCCACGACCAGAGGAGGACCUGGCUGACAUUUUGCAUGGCCCCAGCCUGCGGUCCACUGAUGAGGAGGAUGAAGAUGAGCUGAUUCUGUGAACAACCCCUUCCAAACUUUUUUCAUAAGAACCAGGGGCCCAUGCCAGAGAGUGGGCUUGUGUGUGAAAGGGGUGUUGAAGUCGGGGAGGCCCCCCACUUCAUCUUAUUCUUACCCGCACUGUGAAAGUUGAUGGUGAUGAUCUUAAGGAGAACUUGACCUUGGGCAUGGAAGAAUUUGGGUCCAUCAGAUGUCUUCCCCCAUUUCCAGGCAGGACUCAAUGCCCCAUGCUUGGAAGACCCCUGUGUUUCCUGCUGUGCAGGUUCAGUCCCCAUCAGUCUCUCACCUCCCACAGUCCCCAGUGUACGGGUACCAUCCUGAUUCUGCCUGUCUAAGAUUUCGACUUCCGCAUGGAAUAGGAGAAUGGUGGUCCAGAUGGAUUGAUGUGCCAUAUUGGAAGGGAUGUGGGACCAUAACAUUGCACUGUGGACUGACCACCUUACAACGUGCCCCCAAGCCCACCCGCCCUAGGUUCCAGGGAACCAAGUGCAGUUCCCUGGAAAAGAGGCUGACAAAGGCUCCAUGUGGAGAGGCGGGGUGUCAUGGCCCAGUGCAUGUGUUUGACCCCAGCAGCAGAAAGCUUUCCUGUAUCCCAGGCCGUCUCCCUAGUUCCAGGUUUCCCCUAGGACAAGCAUAUUCCCACUGCAAUGGCUGUCUUAGCCUGCCAACAGUCAUCUCUGCCUUGGAGCUACUCUAGCUGGAGCUCCUCCCCAAGCACCAGCAGUGGGUCAUGCAGAUUCCAGUCCUUUAUAGUAGCUCCUUGGGAUCUUCUGGCAUAGACUUGGGGGUACCCUUGGGGUGGCAAGCUUUCGUUUGCCCCACUCCUAGAGGACUCUCAUCUUGAUUAGCCAAGAACUUGAUAGCUGUACUAUACAGCAUUAGCCUGCUCCACCCAGGAAGAGGUACCACGUGUUCUGAGUAUGUAGACACCCGGCUCCAUUUACCGGCUUUGCUUUCCCUCGCUGUAUACUUUAGCCCUGCAGCUGAGCCCUCAGACAGUCUCUUGCCUGCCCCUCCUCCCUUGCCCAGAUCUCCUCUAUCCCCCCAAAUAAGACACUCAUACUCAGAGGAUGCCACCACAUUCUGUUUAGUGUCAUUGAACACAGCCUCUGGCCUUCUCCAACAUGGGUUCCUUCAACCUCCUCAGGCCAAGAAAGACACUGAAGCCUAGGUAGGAGAAUUACAGGGGGCAUCCAAGCCCAUGCCCAUGUGUAUAUAAUCUAUAAUACUUAUAUAUAUUUAUAUAGAAUUCUCUCUGUAAUAUAUAUCAUAGAAUCCUUCCUGGACCUGGGGUGAGUUUCACAUUAAGAAAACAUGCUAAGACUGACCAUAGAAAUGGGUAUGCCUCAGACCUGGAA